AUGGUGCUAUCAUAUUUAAAGCAGACAUACUCUGCUGAUAUCCAUCAUGUAGAAAUCAUUGCGAACCACUCCGAUAUCUUCGCAGAAGCACUGGUUGCUCUUGAGGCGUUGAUAUACUGCCCUACGGAAUCUAUAUCGCCCCUUUCGCACUUCCCUUCUUUCACAAAUUCAAUCAGCAUGCUGUCAGUUCUCUCAACCAUGCCCUAUGCGGCUGGGCUUGGUCUAUUUGCUGUUGCUUAUUUCUUUGUGAUUCCUUACCUGGAAUACUUGCGAGAUCCUAAGGGCCUCAGAAGAUACCCAAAUCUUCACCCUUUCUCUGGAUUCUCAGCAGUCCCAUUCAUGAUGAUGGCCUCGCGUGGAUUCCGGUCGAUGGAGUUGACUGAGUUGCACAAAAAAGACCCCGUCAUUCGGACAGGUCCAAACCAGCUUUCAUAUGGUGAUGUCAAAGCCAUCAAGGAUAUCUAUGGUCACAAUACAAAGUGCACCAAAGACACUUCCUACGUGAUCACCUCCGGGACUCACUACAACCUGGCUGAUGUCGUGGAUAAACCAGACCACGCGAGGAAGCGCAAGAUUCUCUCUUCUGCGUAUGCGCUGAAGAAUCUCGAGACGUGGGAGUACAAGGUCACAGAUAAGGUGCAAAGGAUGUUCAAGCACUUUGACCAGGUCUGCACCCUACCCGCGUCUACAGACGUGUCUUCUGGAAAGGUUGCUCCCGACCAGAAAGAUCUCACACUUGACAUGCGGGCAUGGACGAAUUUCUUCACCCUCGACGCAAUUGCUGACAUCGGUCUCUCGGAGAAACUGGGUUUCUUGGAUUCGGGAUCCGAUGUCUGUAUUGCCGAGAGAAAAGAUGGAUCCACAUACAAGACCAACCUGCGAGAAGCUCUCUACCCGACCGCUCGGAAGCAAUCCCUUAUUCUCUGGAACUAUGAGUGGUAUCCCACGCUUAACAAACUGGUCAAUAUCAUCCCAUUCUUCGGUCGAAUGCAAACAUUCGCCGACAACUGGGAGAAUAUCAUGUGGCGCCGCGGUAAUGAGCGACUACGUCGCUACGAGGCUGGCGAAAAGCUCGAAGACUUCUUCCAGGCCCUCAUGGAAGAUAAAAAUGGAAAUCCAAAUAACCUUGAGUGGGGUGAGGUAGUUGCAGAGUGCAACAUCAUGAUGAACGCCGGCAGCGUGACCACGGCCGUGGCGAUCGCCAACGUGAUGUACCAGCUGAUUCGCAACCCCCGAACCCUGGCCAAGCUCCGCGAUGAGAUUGACGCAGUCCUGGAUGAUGACGAGAUUGUGGCCGACUACGAUAAAGUCAAACACCUACCAUACCUUCGCGCCUGUCUAGAUGAAUCGCUUCGGAUCUUCCCUCCCACGUCCCACGGCCUUCCUCGUACAACACCGCCUGAGGGCACCAACAUUUUGGGAGAGUGGGUUGCUGGUAAUACGACAGUCAGCAUGUCUGCUCUCGUGGCACACCGUGAUGAAAGUGUGUUCCCCAAUGCAGACCAGUAUAUUCCUGAGAGGUGGCUGGGGGAGGAAGGGAAGGCUUUGCAGCCGUACUUGAUCGCCUUCUCUGCCGGUGCUCGGUCUUGCAUUGGUCGCAAUAUCUCAUACCUGGAGCAGACUAAGGCUGUUGCUUCUAUGAUACACCGUUAUGACUUCUUGCUAGCUUACCCUGGCUGGGAGCUGAAGCGAUUGGAAACUAUGAAUUUAAUUUUGGGGGACAUGCCGGUGAAGAUUUGGCGUCGGGAUGUGGGUACAGCUGAAGCAUAG